CUCCCAUGUAACUCUUCAGAACUGUGCCUGUAGUCAUCAAGCACCUCUCAGACAUGUCUGCUCGCAGAGUGGCCCUUGUGACCGGAUCAAACAAAGGGAUCGGGCUGGCUGUGGUGCGGGCCCUGUGUAAGCAGUUUGACGGAGAUGUGUUCCUGACGGCGCGGGACGUGGGUCGGGGGCAGGCGGCGGUGGAGGGGCUGAAGGGUGAGGGGCUGUCACCGCUCUUCCACCAGCUGGACAUCACUGACCCGGCCAGCGUCCGCGCAGCGCGGGACUUCUUCAAGGCUCAGUACGGAGGGGUGGACGUCCUCAUCAACAACGCGGGGAUUGCAUUCAAAAUGGCAGAUACGACGCCCUUCGGGAUCCAAGCUGAGGUGACUCUGCGGACCAAUUUCUUUGCCACCAGAAACGUCUGCAAUGAAUUCCUCCCCAUCAUCAAACCAGGUGGCAGGGUGGUGAACAUUUCCAGCAUGAUGGCUUUCACUACCCUGGGACGCUGCAGCCCGGACCUCCAGGCCUGUUUCCGCAGUGACGACAUCACUGAGGAGGAGCUGGUGGGGCUGAUGGAGCGUUUUGUGAAGGACGCUCAGGAUGGCGCCCACUCCCAAAGAGGCUGGCCCGAUACAGCAUACGGAGUGUCAGAGAUCGGUCUAAUCAAUCUGACCAGGAUCCAGGCCAGGAGGCUGAUGGCAGAGCGACCUGGAGACGCAAUCCUGUGUAACGCCGCCUGUCCAGGCUGGGUCAGAACAGACAUGGCAGGGCCCAAGGCUCCAAAGUCACCAGACGAGGGCGCUGUGACCCCAGUCUAUCUUGCCCUGCUACCACCUGGUGCCAAGGAGCCUCACGGGCAGUUGGUGUCAGAAAAAAUGGUCCAGCCCUGGUGAAGAACUGGGUGUGUAGCAGAAUCCCAAAUGGCUCACUAUUGUACAUAUAGUGCAGUAUUUGUUAAGGAUGCACCAAUAUGGGAAUUCUGGGUUGAUUACAAUGUCCAAUAUUUUUCAUAUACGUAUCUGCCGAUAGCACAGUAAAUACCGAUUUUAUGUCCAAAGUUACAUCAGCCUGUUUAUAUAGUUAAUAUGGUUGUCUCACCUGGGUCAACAUAGACCACAGUGUUUAGGGAAACAAAGCCAUAUUCCAGAAGGAGUGGUUGGUUGUCAUGUUCGCAGGAAUUUUCUACAGCCUUAGAUAUUUUUGAUCUCAUAGCAGCAAGUCAGAUUACUAAACACUGCUUUGAAGUUGUCAAAAGAAAGCAGAUACGUUCUCAAGAAGAUGCUCUGUACUGUUUUCUUUGUUGUUGUAUAAUACAGGGUUUGCCUGGACCAGUUCAUUUCACCGCCGUGGUUGACAGCAAAAGUUGGAAAAAAUACUGGUGGUGGUGGAACUUCCUAUCGCUUCUCCCCGUUUAAAACAAUGGGAAAUCUAGUUUGAUGUUGACUGACAACCGCCAACAUGUAAACGCAGCAUUACAGUUUUCUGCUUUCUUAUCUAGUAUCACCAUAAGUGGCUGGUUUGCUUUUAAUUGUGUAUUUGUUUAUAUAAGUCACAUAAGAUCACACAAAUUGCCAAUUUGUUAGGUACACUCAUUCAAGUGCAAAACUGCUGACCAGGUAUUAUUUGGGUGGUGAACCAUUCCAUAUUAGUGCACGGUGGUAAAAGUGUACCAAGUACAGCAGCGUUGCUGGAUUUUUUAAACACUGUGUACACAUACUGGUCACUUUAUUGGAAACCCUUGUCUUGUUGGUACACCUUCUUGGUAUAUAGUUAGAGGAUGGACCCAAAUAAUAUCUAAACAUAUCUCAAAGUGUGCCUAUAUGGUCUUUACCACUGGUUUAUGAAUUUCCUUAAAGCUGCAUUGAUUUUUUUUUUUGAUAAAACUGAAAGAAGUAUCAUUAAGAAGGUCAUUUAAAAAUCGUUUCUGUCUUUAUGCAUUAAAGUCACACGCAUAGGCUCAAAAAGAAGGUCUACCCUGGUGUUUAGUUUUCAAUACAAAAUCAACAUUACACUGAUGAAAAUAUAAUGACAAUAGAACAUACUUCAUUUACAUCCUCGGAAGACAAGUAUUUCACCAAGUUUUGACUCUUUGAAUACUCUUUCAACACGCUCGCAGUCAUGAGACGUUAUCAGUUGUUCUGCAAUGCAUCAAAAACUAUUGUGGCUAGUGCACUUGCUCAGGGCAUACGUAUUAGGUUGUACUGAACGGAUCAGGGAAAACGCCGAUCUAAAAUCUCAAAUACUGUACUUUUAUAAUAUUGAAUGUCCUAACAUUAACAUAACACACAUUUUCAGGCACUCCGUUUUGUCAUAGCAAGAAAUGUAUUAAAGCAAGACUCCAGCACACUGUAUCGAACCAAAUUAUUCAUUUCUAAGCAUUAUUUACAGUACGUACACAGAAAUGUAGUCAACUGGAAAACUAAAACUUUGGGUUGCAUAAAUGACGACACAAAACAAGCCUCUUAUCAGAAAAUCACUCCAGGCAUGCUCCAUAUACACAGUACGUGUAUUCAUGCUGCACCACGCCCUCCAAUGUGCAUCCUGGGUAAACAGGCCCUCCACAGGCUGGGUAUUCUUUAUGCUUCAUUUUUGGACACUCUCACACUCUUAUGUGUGAUCUGAGAAGUACACUGGGCAUGUGUGAGACUUAAGAAGGACUUCAGUGUAAGGGCUCGAUUCUAAUGUAUCUCCAUAAUGUCUCUCAACAAUAAGAAGAGAACACCAAGGUCACCAAGAGGCAUUGAGUAAUAGAUAAGUAAUCAAAAGGUUAUUUUGCAUUUCAAAUUUACACUUACAUUUGCUCACUACUUCUCAUCAGCAGGAAUUAAUCAACAUUGAAAUUACCAGAGACAAAAAGCAAAAAUCAUG